GAUUCGCACGCCACCUGCUCCUCCUGCGCCGCCUGUGCGGCCGUCGUCUUCAUCAUCGGCGAGCGCAGUGGCUAUAGCACCUUCUCAGGGUCCGUCGGCGAAAGUAUCAUCUUCAGCGCCUUCUGUUACAGCUUCAGUUUCUGGACAACGGUUGGCCCCUACGCCGAAGGUGAGGAUUACUCCCGCAGCGAAGACUGCGGCGGAGCGUCUUGUUACACUUUUAGCAGGUGCAACUUCAGAGUCGAAGAUAGCCAGCGGCUUGAGGGCAAGGUCGUCGUAUUUGAUUUUCACAACGUGAUUGACCGAUAUUAUUGGGCACCUCGCGUUGGACAGCGGAAGCAGCAGUAUAAGAUCCCUUACCCGAACGAGGCACCGGAGUUGCUCUCGGACGUUCAGGGUCUUCUUAGGCGUGUCCACAGAGCUGCAGAGGAGGCGGGAGCAUUGGUGGUGAUUUGCUCCCACAUUGGUGAGGGAUCCAGGAGCAUCGAGGAUUGGGCCUUGGACACCCUUCGAAACACCUUUAUACAAUCUGUUGGUCAACGCCAAGCCGAUUUAGUCAUCAUCACUCGAUCCCGCACAGGACGCCUCGGAAAGCUUGACAUCUGUCGACGCCUUUUCCAGCAGCCAUCGUUGUUGAUAAUAGACGAUAACACGGGGAUCUGUGAGGAGUGGAACAGAUCGGCUAACGCUGCUGCGUUUCACAUCCAAUUGCCUCGCCGGGAUCUGCCGUCAAUUGGUCGUUCCUUUUCCUCGAUUUUCGAGGCG